AUGUACGUCAUUCAAAUACUGGUUUUUCUGUUUUUGUUCGUUAGUAGCACCAUUUGCCAAAGUGAUAAAAAUCGGACUGAGACAGCAAUUCCCGUCUACUAUAAUCUGAGCAUAUUGACCGAACUGGGCCCUACGGGUAGGCGAUUUGAGGGCUCAGUAGAAAUAAACCUUACCAUCAUUAAUGAAGGCAGACGUUACUUAACACUGCACGCUAAAAACCUGACCAUUGAUACCAAAAUCCAUUUGUUUCGUCAUCAAAGCCGUCGUCGCAUAUCCGUGAACAGCACCUCAUGGGACAUUCAGAACGACAAAUUCACCAUCAAGUUCAAUAAUGUGCUAAGAAAACAUGAAAUGUACACCUUGUCGUUAAAUUUUAGUGCUAGGCUAACAAAAAAGCAGAACAACGGUUAUUUCAGGGUAAAAUAUCUUGAAAACGAUGUGAAUCAUUGGUACGCCGUAACGCAAAUGGAGCCGACAAAUGCACGGACUGUUUUCCCUUGCUUCGACGAUGUAUACUAUAAGGCGAAUUUUAGUCUUAUGCUGGGUCAUCAUAAGAACUACACGGCCGUAAGCAAUAUGCCGGUUAAGGAGAAGAAACGCCACGUCAAGAGAACGGACUUCUUUUGGACUGUUUUUGAAGAGUCCUUGCCUUUAUCCAUACACAUGCUAUCCUGGAGCCUGCAUGAGCUUCAGAGCUCGCCUCGCAGCGAGAAUGACAUUGAUAUUCAGAUGUUUGCGCUGGGGGAUAUACGGGAACAAAUUGCCUUUCUUCCGGUAAGCUCGAUGGGCUUACUGAUGACGUGUGAGAAACUUGCUGGCAUGCCUUAUCCCCGGAAUAAUAUUACAAAAAUAGAUCGCCUUGUCUUGCCGAACUAUUUGGGCCCGCCACGUGCCAAUUGGGGUCUGUACAUUAGCGGAGAAAACAUUUUGCCGCAAGAGGAAGGAACGGCAACAACGGAGCAGCAAUUAACAGAGCUCGUGGCCAGGCAGUUAAUACUUCAAUGGCAUGGUAACUUGGCCGGAAUUGAUAAUUGGCAACAGCUGUGGUUACGCGAUGGUCUCGUACACUUUCUGGGUCAUGAGAUGAUAUCAGAGGUAAUGCCUGAAUGGGAACUGCUUAAAUGGCGACUGUUAAACGAUCAUAUGGAAGUGCUCCAAUGGGAUGGACUCAUCCAGACACGGCCCAUUGAUGCCCCACAACUGGAGCCACCCACAGCGAAACAAACCUGGCACAUGUCCCAAAAGAUGUGCUGCCUCAUGCACAUGCUGAUGUCGGCCAUUGGUACUACGCCCUUUCGAUAUGGCUUGCGGAACUACUGGAAGACUUUUGCGAAUAGAGUUGGCAAUGCCGAAGAGUUUUUACGGAUAUUGCAGAAGAGCGCCAAACGUAGUCAUGCCAUGCCCAUGGCUCUUACUGUUGAACUGGUGAUGAACUCUUGGCUGCAACAGCCAGGAUAUCCCCUGGUGCAGGUGUACUCGAAUGAGGACAAUAAGACUGUGAGUCUCACACAACGACCAUAUCGAAUGCUGCAGUCACAGGAUAAGAACGGAUCCUGCUGGUGGAUACCCAUCUCGUUCACUACGAAAAAGGAUUUAAAUUUUAAUAGCACCACUGCAACUGAAUGGCUUGGCUGCGAAGUGGAUACCGUUAAUCUAGAGGAUGUUGGAGAGUCCAACGAUUGGAUAAUACUUAACUUACACUCUACACAACUGUAUCGUGUACUCUACGAUGUUCGGAACUGGGAGCUGAUCAGCGAACAUCUCACCUCACAACAUUAUAAUGAAAUACCAGUUCCGAAUCGUGCAAAACUGGUGGACGACGCACUCAACUUUGCCUGGAUUGGAGAGCUGAGCUAUGAAAUAGCGCUAGGACUAGUAAGGUAUCUGCAGCAGGAGUCGAGCUAUAUAGUAUGGAGAACGUUCUUGGUUGAAAUUAAUCGGAUACAUAGUAUCAUGCAUCUAACGACAGGAUAUCGGAUUUUCAGGAGCUAUAUGCGUUAUAUUCUCGAGCCACAAUUUCAGGAUUAUGUGGAUCCCACAACUCUUUCUGAAGAAUCGGCGGUCAAGGCCGUCAUCUAUAAUUUGGCGUGUACCUAUGAGGUGCCCGAAUGUGUCCAUGAGGCCCGGAAACGUUUUCAUGAAAUGUCCGAAACUGAAAUACCCCUGGCAGUACGUGAGGUCGUCUACUGCACGGUCGUACGCCAUGGCAUGGAGUCGAAAUGGUUGCAACUACGAGACAUGAUUAAAUCGUUGGGAACAGAGCAGGAACUGAGAUUGCUGCUCAACGGCAUGGCUUGCAGCCCUGAGAACUGGGCGCUCGGCAAAUUGUUGCGUUGGACUCUGAAAAAACGUAUGAUGCAACAAGAAACGGCACUGUCUCUCUACAAGGCUGUUUUAAAAAAUCCGAAUGGUUAUGGCUUGGCCAAGUAUCAUUUGAUUAAUAAUAUGGACGCAAUUAGGAGACUUUAUGGUCCCGAAGGUCUGCUGGACUUCUUUCAGGCCCUUUCGUCGUACAUAGCCACGCCCGAGGAAUUGCAGUUUUUCAGAGGAUUUUUGAAAGUUCAUAAACUGUCGACCAUAAAAGAUAGCGCGUUGCUGGAGCAGGCUGAAUCCAAUGUGCAAUGGAGUGUGUACCGCUACUAUCCACUGCUGAACGCCAUUCGGCAUGUGAUGAUGAAUGUGCAGCAGACUGAAGUGCCCCCAACUAAGCCUUAGCUCUUGAGAUGGAGGAGAUGCUUGCAGCACUAGCAGAUGUGAUAUUUAACAAGGCUUUGAGAGAGCUAUAGAGUCCUGAGCAUCUCUAUGGCAUACUACAAUAAAAAUUA